AUGUCCCGCGUUCCGUCCGGCCACGCCGGCGGCGCUCCUCUCCCAUCAAUGUACUACCAGCCUGGGCUCCAUCCGGGCGCUGUGCCCCCGGGUGUUCCAAUGCAGGGCGGCUACGUCGAUCAAUCGUACGGAGGAUAUCGUCAAGGCCCUCCAAACGGCGCUUCCAUCCACCCAUCACAGACACCUGCCUACGGUCCCACAGAUACCUACAACGCCAUGGCUGGCCCCAGUCGCGAUGCGUACGGCGCUUACCGCAACGUCUCUGGCCCGGAAGCUCGGGGCGAUCCACGCGCGGCGGCCCUCGGCUUCGGGAAGCCUCUCCUAAGCAUGGCUCACAACUAUGAGACUCCCAAGGCGGGCAAUACAGGCGGUCCCAGCAGCGGGGCGAGUGGGAGUGCGAACGAUGCACCGGCGGGGUCCGGAGGGGGACAGCAGCCGGGUCCAUCCGAGUUUAUCAAGAAGCUCUUCAAAAUGCUCGAGGACGAGAGUGCGACUUACGGCCGCGGCAAGCCGGCGGGCGCCCCACGCUCCAAGGGCGAACGAGGAAGCGUCGGCUGGGGCCGCGGGGGGACGAGUUUCGUUGUCUGGGACAUGAACGAGUUUACUACCAAGGUGUUGCCUCAAACAUUCAGGCAUUCCAACUUCUCAUCUUUUGUGCGCCAGCUCAACAAAUACGGCUUCUCCAAGAUCAAGCACGUCGAUGAAGAGACGGGGCAAAUCAAGGAGAACGUCUGGGAGUUCCAGCACCCUAACUUCCAAGCCGGCGGCAAGGCCGAUCUUGACAGCAUCAAGCGCAAGGCGGUCGUGCCCAAGAAGGCUGCUGGUGACGAGCGCAGUGACUCGCCGGCGCGUGGAUUCACGACCGAGGAUGCCAACCGCUUUCUGGAGAUGGAGAACAGAAUGGCGGCUCUCGAAGAAGCCCUCUACAAGUCCCAGGAGCAGUUGAGGGAUGUUCGCAUUCGUGAAAACGGGGUCAUGAGCCUCAUCCGCGAGCUCGUUGCCCAUGCUGUCAGCACGGACAAAGAGAACCCGUCCGCGCCAGACUCGGACGCUAUUGCCCGUGUUCGCCGGCUCUACCAGCUGUACGAGCAGGUGGCUCAGGCACAUGGCGCCCCGUCUCACCCCGGUGGCACGGCAUUCGUUCCCGGAGCGCAAAUGACUGGCUUCCCGGCCCCGGCCUAUGGAGCGUUGGCACCCAACCCUUACCCUUCCGCCUCUGGUCCUUUUCCAGGUGUAGAGGGCUCGCGCCUCGCAAUGCCUGUCCAGAAUCGACGCGUGGCCCCUAACGGACGUGGAACAGGUGCAGGCCUGCCGCAGGUGCCAAUCACGGGCGCGACCACCAGAUCGCAGCAGCCGCCACCGUCCGUGACUUCGACACCCCAGCUCCCGGAGGAUUCUAAGAUGUCCCAGCAGUCGCAGCUCUACAACGGCAGCCCCAUCAACGCAGCGUACCCAUCCAUGUCGGAUGGAAACACCGCCAACGGUGUCCCAAUCCGUAAGCGCGGUGAAAGCACAUCGCUGAGCUUUGUUGUGGAUGGGAUGGGCAGCAACCCGGCGGGCACUUCGAUGGAGGAGAAGCCUCAGCUUCAACAGCAGCGUCAGCAGCCGUCCGACCGUACGGCGGGCAUAUCGGCUACUGAGGCCGACGCAUCAGCGCGGCCGUCGACUUCAUUCAACCCCGUGCAGCAGCCGCAACCGCAACCGCAACCGCAACCGCAACCGCAACCGCAACCGCAACCGCAACAGCAACCGCAGCCGCAGCCGCAGCCACAGCCACAGUCGCAGAAACCCGUUUCCACGCAAAUCUCCGCAAACGGUCAGCCCGAAGGCACUGGGACAGUUUCGCGGCGCACUAUUAUUAAACCGUCGUGGACGCAGACGCCGCGCAUCCUUGUCGUCGAGGACGACCUCGUGUACCGCCAGCUGUCGUCCAAGUUCCUCGAGAAGUUUGGAUGCGUAGUCGAGACCGUCGAGAACGCUCAGCAGGGUAUCGAGAAGAUGAACAAGACCAAGUACGACCUGGUGCUCAUGGACAUCUUCUUUGGUCCUAGCAUGGACGGUCGUAAAGCAACGUCUCUCAUCCGCCAGUUCGACUCGUACACGCCGAUCAUUUCCAUGACGUCGAACGUGCAGACUAAGGACGUCGAGUCUUACAUUCACUCGGGUAUGAAUGACGUCCUAGCGAAGCCGUUCACGAAGCACGGCCUUUUCUGCAUCCUCGACAAGCAUCUGAUCCAUUUAAAGGCGAUCCAGUUAAGUGGAGAGGUCCCUCGCUUCGCCGGAGUCCCACCGCUCUCAGACCAGGGCAUCAUUGACGCGCUUUCGAUGAGCGCAUCGCAGUGGCCGACCAACCGAGACGAGCUCGCCAACCCGCUCGCUGGUAGUGGUUGGUCUGAUGAGCACUAUCAGAUGGUCCUGCAGCAAUUCCUGGAGACUGGCACUGUUCCUGAUCCCAACGGAUUGCCGAUAGCAACAACGACUCUUAUCGGCGGCCCUAGUGGCCAGGCGUUGAUGGGAGCGACGACGAUCAUUCCGAAUGCGGGCUUUGCCAUGUCGCGCAAGCGCUCGAUCGAGAUGGUUGACGACGACUGGGAGGAGCAGGCCAACAAGCGUGUUAAUACUUCUUUUGUGCAAGACGGACCUGGCCAGGGUGUGCAAGGCGUGCCGUCGGCGAGUGUGAGCGAGAUGGCGUAG